AUGCAUACAAUGAAUAAACUCCAAGGUGGAACAACUAACAACAACAAUAGGACGCAAGAUGAAUCGGUAUGGAAAAUUGCGAGAAAUGUAGCGAAAUUAUUUUUGGUGCCUUACUUUAUUUUAUUUUUUUGGGGGAAAUCACUGCGGGAUCGAACAAGUGGGGAGACGCCACUGUCGUAUACAUUCGGCUUUAAACCUUUUCUGGGCUAUAUCUUAUUCUAUUUUUAG